GUGUACUCUUCAGCUGCCAGCCGGACCCCAGAAACCGACCCAGGAUCAGAAUUCACGGACAAAACUCCAGCAUUUCAAACUCAACCCCCUUUUCUGAAACCAAGCCAACCUGUUGAGUGUCACAGUGGAUAAAGCAGGGUGUUGGCGCACUGUGUGAAGAAAAGUCGCUGGUUCUGAGUCAGAUAUCCGCCUUCUUGGGAGAAAUUUCCUUGUUUUGUAGUUGCUAAAUACAACGUGUGAGAGAUUCCUAUGACACUUGUCCCCUGACUCUCAACAGGGUAAACAGCCUCAAGCCUGAAAAUGUCAAAGAUCUGUGCUUUUGUGUUGAUGACACUUGUGUCCCUGGUGCUGGCGGAAGAACAGAACUUGGAAGAGGACCCAUUUACCUUUGACUACCACAGACUGCGUGUUGGAGGCCUGAUUCUAGCCGCUGUCCUCUGUCUCAUUGGCAUCACCAUCCUGUUCAGUGGCCACUGCAGGUGCAAAUUCAACCAGGACAAGAGAAGGAGGACAGGAAGCAAUGCUCAGCAGAUGCUCUCUGACCAAGGUCGUUCCUGCGAUUGUUAGAUGUCAGCCAGAACACACAACUGUCUUCCCGAACUUGCAACCAACAAAUAAGAUGAAGACGAGCAGCAGCGGGAUUUAAACUAUCCAACGAGAGGCUUUUGUUUUUAUUGUUAGAGAGCAACAGAAAGUAGUCUGUGUGUACCGGCUGCAAGGUGUGAUGCUUUCUGCCUGAUAAGUAAGCUACCAAUCUGCAGACAGCACCUUCACACACGCACACCCACACACACACACACACACACUGACGUUGGAAAGGCUUUGAUAUGAAGAAACUGUUCCUGCCGUGACUCAGUGUAAAUGCUUUGUCAGUCAUUGUCGAUAGUUUUGGUUGAUUGACAUACAACAAUUAAAAGAAACCUAUUACCAAACAAUUCCUCAAGUCUCCACAUACAGUAGGUUGUGUCCCCGUCUCACACUACUUCUGUUGUUUGUACGGUGUGUGUAAGGUAAACAUUGAUGUCGAUAUGAGUUGCCUACUGUGACCAACCUAACCCACUGUCCUGGCUUUUCUGUCACAUAUAUGAAAUCUGCAUAGUCCUGAGUGUUUAGAGUGCUUUUGACAAAGUAUGAUAACCUGUUAAUUCCCAUGUUUAGCUUUAAGGAGGAAAGUAGUGGAUUGCACUGUUCAGACAUACAGAAACACUCUGUCAUGUUUCUAUAAAAAAACUAUUGAAACAAACAA